AUGGGGAAGAUGAGAAAAGUGAAAGUAGGUGCAGAGGAUCCAGUGCUGAGCUAUAUUGAAAGUGAUAAAUAUACUGACUACAAAGGCAGGAUGGUAGACCCAAGAAAGCAUGGUGGAUUAAGAGCUGCUACCCUUGCAUGUGUUGUAGAGAUAAUGACUAGCACGGUGACCUUAUGCAAUGGAGUAACCUUAGUUGACUACUUUUUGAAGUCAAUGCAUUAUUCAGUUUCUGAUUCUUCAAUCAUGGUUACCAACUUCUUGGGAACAUCUUAUUUGGUCAGCAUUUUUUGGGGGUUUAUUAGUGACGCUUACAUAACAAGAUUCACUACAUUCGUAUUAUCUGGUGUCUCGGAAUUGAUGGGACUACUCAUGCUGACAUACCAAUCUCAAAACAAAAAUUUGCAACCACCAGAAAACCAAACACCAUCCUAUACACAAGCUGUUUUUCUUUACAUUGGACUUUAUGGAACAGCCAUAGGAGUUGGUGGAAUCAAAGCAACCUUGGCUGCACAUGGUGCUGAUCAACUUGAUCAAACCAACAAGCCCCUUAUUUCCUCUUACUUCAGUUGGUAUUUCUUUAGUAUAUGCAUUGGAGCACUUUUGGCAACAGGUGGUAUGGUUGUGAUUAAAGAAAAUUAUGGGUGGAGUACAAGUUUUCAGAUAAUGGUUUUACUUACAAGUUUAGCACUCUGCACUUUUGUUUCUGGAUUCUCUUUGUAUAAGUACAAAAGACCUUCUGGAAGUGCUUUAAGUAGGGUCAUUCAGGUGAUUUUAUAUUUUGUACUUGUUUCUUCAGUUAGAAAUAGAAAAGUAUCAAAUGCUGGAAAUUUGGAUCAUGAAGCCACAGCAGGCUUACUUGCAAGAGACCAAGCCCAUGAGAAACUCAAGUUUCUGAACAGAGCUUUAAUGGACAACAAGGUUACCAUUGCACAAAUCAAGGAAACAAAAUCCUUCCUUGGGCUUCUCCCAAUAUUUGCAACAGCAAUAUUGAUGAACUGUUGCUUAGCACAAGUAUUAACAUUCUCAGUUCAACAAGGCAGCUUAAUGAACAGAACUGUAUACAAUUUCACAAUCCCAACACAAGUACUAGCAGUUGGUCCAAUAUCUAUAUCAAUCAUUUCAAUAAUCAUAUUUGAACAAUUCAAAAAAGGAAUGAACAAAAACAAUAACAACAGCAGCAAAUUCUACCAACCAUUAGUGAGAAUGGGAAUGGGAUUGGCAUUAGUAACAACAUCAAUGUUCAUAGCUUCAAUCAUUGAAUCAAAGAGAGUUGAAGAAUUCAAAAAUGGGAAUACAAUAUCUGUGUUUUGGUUAGCAGCGCAAUACAUUUUAUUAGGGUUAUCUGAUACACUUACUAUGGGAGGAAUGAUGGAGUUUUUCUACACAGAAGCACCUGAAAGUAUGAGAAGUAUUUGCACUUCAUUAACAUGGUGUUCAAGUGCUAUGGGUUUGUUCAUGAGUUCUUUAUUGGUGACUUUGAGUAAUUCAGUUAGUGGAAGAUUUGGAAUGGAAUGGUUUGGUGGAAAGGAUUUGAAUCAUUCUAGGUUGGACCUUUUCUAUGCUCUUCUUUGUUUUCUAAACUUUUUUAAUCUUUGGCUUUAUAUUUAUUUUGCCAAGAAGUACUAAAUAAUAAAUAGGCUUAAUUGCAGUUUUAGUCCCCCUAUUUUAGCUUUGCGAAAGUAGUACUUUAUUUUA